CGAGGCCUUUAAUGUACAGACAUUGUCGGAUUGUGUUGCGAGAACAAAGUGUCAGUGUGCGUUUGUGAUUUUUUUAACUAUUAUUAUUAUUAUACCAGUGCAAAAUGACUAUCGGAGACGAGAAUGUGUACGAAAACUUCGACUAUUCUUUGAAUGCACAAAAACUGAUGAACAUCAGAGACUUGGACUUGGAAAAUUUGUUGAAAUCAUAUAAUAUUAAUCAAAAAACGUUAAAUGAAAUGGUAGCUAGUAUUCGCGAAUGGUAUGAGAAGCAGCCACAUUUACCUCAAGGACAAAUACAUGACCGCAUGAUCAUAGGCCACCUCAUCACCCGAGGGUUCAGCGUGGAACAAUGCAAGGAGAAGAUUGACAACUACUUCUCAGCCAGGUCUAAGAUGCCUGAUAUCUUGCUGGGGAGGGGCUCUUGGUCUCCAAACAUGGAGAGGUUUCUGAAGGAGGGGUACUGGGUCGUCCCUCCGAUGAAAACUAAGGAUAAUCAUCGGGUUAUUUUGUUCAGAAUCGUGAACCCAGAUAUGGUUGUUCUGGAUGUGGCCAAACUAGGGUUUCUGAUGGGAGACUAUAGACUAUUAAAUGACGUCACACAUGGAGACCACUGGAUCUUGGACUUCAGCAAUGCAACCUUGAAUCAUGCGCUACAGUUUACACCCAUGUUGAUAUCUAAAAUUUAUUAUUUUGUUACGUCGUGCCACGCGAUCAAGAUCAAAGGCAUACAUCUAGUCAACGUGCCGGUCUUUGGUCACUCAAUCUUGGCCCUUGCCAAGAAGAUUAUGAAGCCCAAACAUGCAGAGAGAUUGCACCUUUAUGACGGAUUUGAGAACAUUUUCAAUGUGUUACCUAGGGACAUAUUUCCAAGUGAUAUUGGUGGGACUGCUAAUACUACUGUCCAGGAGUUAUCGGAUGCAUGGUAUGAAACCCUCCAAUCAGAAUCAUGGAAGCGAUUCUACGCGAACCAGGACAAGAACUUCUUCGUGGACGAGUCAAAAAGGAUAACACCAUCAAAAAUCACAGACGACUUUGGUGUAGAGGGAUCCUUCAGAAAACUAGAAUUAGAUUAAUUUAUUUACUACCCAAUUAGAAUUAUAUUUAAGGCUAUUUUCGCAUGUCCCCAAUAAGUUCCUGAUAAAUUUAAUUGGCAGAUAGUGUUAAAAUGUAGAUUUAUCUGGUGGAUAGCAGCUAUGAAACGGGCCAUUAGGAAAGUAAUAUACCUCUAGUUAGACAAUUAUUGUUGUGAUUUAAGAGUUUUUUCUAAGUAAUUAUGGUGUUUAAGCAAGUGCCAAUCUCUGAGCAAUUGAUGUCUGAAUUUUGUUUCGGUUCAUUUCCGAGGGCUGAGUACGAAUUUAUAUUACGUUGAAAGUAAUGAGACCGUGCUGGGCACUCUGAUUGGCCGGCUCCCAUAAACCAACCAAUCAGAGUGCUGCGUCGAGCGCGGUCUCGCUUCAAUUAUUUCAACGUAAAACAAACUUAUAGUAAAGCCUCUGAAGUUGAUCAAUUUCACAGAAUACUGUAAUAGUGUUCUAAUUAUUAUUCUCAAAAUGAAUUUGUUAUAGUGACUGCGUCGUUAGACAAGUGGUGAUCAUCGCAGAGCAAAGUCUAAUUAAAUAUUAUUAACUUAUUGGUGAAUGAAAAUUCUUAAGUACUUAGUACCACGAAGUCAAGUAUUGAUAUAACGUAACAUACCUUUUAUAAGUGGGCAGGAGUGCACAUUACGGCACUUACUGCCACUGUACAAUGUAACACCCACUGUUCACUAUUUAUGUUAUGAGUCC